UGACUCAAACACUUCGGUGAACAAAAACGUUACAAGGAAAUUCUCUGCUACUGAAUGUCCAUCGGUUAAUCAUAUAUUUAUAGAGUUCGAUAGAGAUGACGAAUACUUUGCUACUGCCGGAGUUACAAAGAAGAUCAUAUUCGAUUAUGUUGUCUGUCCUGGAAUACCUACAUCAAAAACUCAAAUUGCUAGUGCCGACUAUGAUGAUGUGGUAACAUUGUGGGACGCGCUCAUUGGGGAACCAGUGUCAGUAUUCGAAGAACAUGAAACACGUGCUUGGAGUGUUGAUUUCUGUAGAAUGGAUCCGACAAAGCUGAUCAGUGGAAGUGAUGAUACAAAAG